UCUCUCUCUCUCUCUCUCUCUCUCUUUCUCUCUCACUCUCUCUCCCACAGGCGAGGUCUACAUUCUAGCGAGCAGUAAAAGCAUGGCGCAGUCUCACAGUGGGAAGCUCUACAAGCUGGUGGACCCCAAAAGGCCCCAGGUGCCCAAGGAGUGCCAACGGCCCCUGGAGCCCCCAGAGCUGCUGAUGACCGCCUGCUCCAGACAUUGCAAGAACGGACACUGCACACCCACGGGCAAAUGCUGCUGCAGCCCCGGCUGGGCGGGGCCUUUCUGCAGGAUCGCAAAAUGUGAGCCUGCAUGCCGUCACGGGGGGGUGUGCAUGGAGCCCGACACGUGCCUGUGCAAAAGCGGCUACUCGGGGGCCCAGUGCGAGACGGCCGAGCGGGGCAUGCCCAGCGACCAGGAGAAGGACGGCAUCCUGGACCACAUCAUCGACAUGACCUCCUACCUGCUGGAUCUCACGUCCUACAUCGUAUAGAGAGAGGGAGAGAGAGAGAGAGAGAGAGAGAGAGAGAGAGAGAGAGAGAGAGAGAGAGAGCUCCCACACCCGACACACACACACACACACACACACACACACACACACACACACACGCACACGCACACGCACACGCACACGUACCGACAUCGUCACUAUUUUGCUAGACGACAAAACGCAGAACGACGGACCGACUGACUGAAGGAACAGACCCAACCGACCGCCUGGCUGACCUACACCGAACUGAACUCCAAUCAUCUCCAUUUCUGUGCACACAGAACCCCCCCCCCCCCCCCCCCCACGCCACCCCGCAACCCCUUCUCUGGACGUCCUCCACGACUCUCUAGAAACAACCACCCCAACCUCCCACCCCAUUGGACAUUUCCCCUGGUUCCCAUACGUGACAUCAUCACAAAAUGAACCUCUUUCGCUUUUUGCCGACGAUAAGCUACUUUACUUCUUUUUUUUUUCGAACACGUGGCCUCAAAGCCGGGUUCACAUUUCUUUAAAGGACAAACAGGACCGCUGAGGGUGAGAGACGAGCAUGGCCAUGUUGGGGAAGUAUGGAACACCUAUUUCGGAUUUCACUCCCAAACACAAACACACACACACACACUCACACACUCACACACGCACACACACACACACACACACACACACACACACACACACACACACACACACACACACACACACACACACACACACACACACACACACAACAGCUCUCCAAUAGAGCCAGAGAGAAGAGGAGGCUACAGAGGAACAGCCAUUUUAAAGCUGAAUACCUUGGGUGGUUCUCCGGCUCCGUGCUCGACCUUAGACGAAGACCUCCGUACGGAUGCCUGAGGCGUUUCGGACCAGAACUGUUCCUGUCAUUAGCUGCCUAGUGAUUCAUUUUCUAAGGAGCAGGGAUGGGGGCUUCCUUCACGCGGGAUCAGCUCUCUUCAACACAAACCUAAGCAAAAUAAACGUUGAUGUACAAAAAAAAAAAAAGACUUCGAAGGAACAUUGCUUCAGCAGCAUCCAUAUUAACAGUAAUACCGAUCAACAACACAUUUUUAGAGGUUUAUUGUCAUGUUGGUAAGGUCAUGAAGAGCACCGCCGAGUCGGCUUUUGCUGAUCUGUUUUUGAAGGCACGGAUGGAGGCUAAUAGGGGCGUUUUGUUUGUGUCUCAACUCUGAUGUCAAGUUGUUUUCGUUUUUUGGGCACAUACAUGGGCACAGAAAUCAGUAGAGGUAUUUUUGUUAACAUUGGAAUAGACGUGGGUUUUCAACACUAGCCAUCGAUGUACAGACCAUCAGCACCAACAGGUAACUGUUAUCUACUUCAUAAGCGACUCAUCCCUUCUGUUGUCAACACCAGUUCAUUCGUUUUGUACGUGGAGGUCCUCGCUCAUAUAUGCACUGUAUUUUUCUGUUAAUGUUCAUUUUUCAAACUUUUAUAAAAAAAAUGAAUAUAACAUCAUUUUUGGGACACAAAGACAGCAAUUCCACCCUCAAUAACAGAAUAUAAGUGCAAAUAGAGAGGUAUGGUUUAAUAAAAAGAAAUUGCAUUGUCUCACACACUGAACCUCCAGACCAGUUUUCAGUUUCUAUGACGGGAUUAGUAGCGACUGGAUAUAUAUUUCCAAUAGAGCUGAGCUAAGAACUACUUCACAUAAAGAAAUAUCUAUAGCAGUACUAUAGUACUACACUUCUAUUGCUAUCAUAGAGAAGGGUUUAUUUUUCUAAAGGGUUAUAAUAUAUGGGAGGGAGAGAGCAAACGGUGAGCAGUUUUACCCUAACUUGUAAGGUCAUAAUGCCAUUUCAUGUUGUACUUCUUCUCCACUUCACCCUUCUCUUCCUCCACUGUUUAGAAAGGAGAGACACAAGCUUGUGUUUGUGAUUGUAUUUUUUUUUUGGUUUUAGUGUUGCAAAGAAAUGCAUGUCUACGCUUGCACACACAGCAUUGGAGAGAGCAUUUGGCCAGGUCCCACUUCUUACCCCCCGCCCCCCCCCCCCCGUCACACACACACACACACGUGCGCACGCACACACACACACACACACACACACACACACACACACACAUACAUAAUCCCAUCAGCAUGAUGUGGUGUUACCACUGUCAGAAGUUGCUUCUCAAAGAUAGAUCAAGAUGGAGAUCAAGAGUGUGUGAGAUCCAGAUCUUAACCUGUGGAGCGGAAGGCUUCUGAUCGAUGGGGGGGGGGGGGGGGGGGGGGGGGGGGGGGGGCGUGAGAGAUAUCUGACUCUCAAGAUAUCUGACAACAAUUUGAAUAGAACAGAAUUAUUAAGGGUUUUAUCUGGGGCUGCGAUUAGUGAGCUGGUUCCAUACAGUUUAAACGUACACACACACACAACUUAGCUGACGCUUCACUCUGAGCUCAUUGACAUUUUGCCAGUUGUAAAUUCCCCGAACAUCAACCCACGUGAACGUAAAAAAAAGGUAUUGACGCAUAAACACUGCCUGAAAGUGACGAACGCAACUACCUUUGUUGUCCAUCUCCUGCCCUGCAAACUGCUUGUUGAAAUAAAUUAUUUCUCCCUGCUUCUAUUGAGUGAAAAUAAAAGUUCAUGCUGUAAAGUGGAAAUGAUCAUUUUUUUUAGCACUUAAUGUGAAAGUUGCAUUGUAGCUGCUCAGACGGCAUGGUGUGAAUGACCAUUUUACAUUAUUUAAGUAGUUACACAAAAUAAAAUAAUUAUUUAAGUUCUUUACAUUGUUUUUACCAUUGUACUGUCUGUUUUAUUUUGUAUUCAUGUAUUGUAAAUAAAACUAGGGAUGUGUCUGUUCAAAAAUAUCAAUAUGUCUAUUAAAGUUUAUAGCAUGACAGAAAUA